AUGGUACAAGGAUUCAACUUUGAGGCAAUUAAAAGUAUUGGUAAGAUCAUUGGAAAUAGAUCGUUGUUAAUACCACAUCUCGAGUUUAAAGAUGUCAGAUCUAUAGAUUUUCAAAGAUUGAAGCAAAUGGGAUUCAGCGCGGUGUUGUUUGAUAAGGAUAACACCCUGACGGAACCAUAUGCCGAUGUAAUAUAUGAACCGUUUAGAGAGGCCGUAGAUCGUUGUCGUGGUGUAUUCGGUGAGCAAUCGAUUGCGAUUCUCUCAAAUUCCGCUGGUUCAAGUGACGACGUUGACUUUCGAGAGGCCACAAGACUAGAGUCAACGCUUGGUCUAUCGGUCUUGAAACACGGCACCAAGAAGCCGAAUGGCAUCGAAAAAGUCAAAGAACACUUUCACACCGACAACCUACAAUCGAUAGUGAUGAUCGGUGAUCGUUAUUCCACCGACGUAGUAUUUGGUAAUCUCUAUGGAAUGCUUACAAUCUUUACGAAACCAAUCACAUCAAAAGGUGAUAAUAACAUUGUUAAAUUAAUAAGAGAUAAAGAAAGUAGAUAUGUAGAUUAUUGUAAGAAUUAUUAUGAACCACCAAAACAUAGUUUAUUUGAUAAAGAUAGAUACAAUAAAUCAUCAGCAUCAUCAUGA